AUGGAUCAAGACCAGUACCUCUCCCGCGAGGAAAUCAACCAAUUCCUCGACGACCUCGACACCAACGGCGACGGCAAGAUCGACUACGAGGAGCUCGAACACAAGCUCGACGAAGUCUAUAAUGAGCUGGCCCCAGUGCCAAAGCGUCACCAUCUGCACCAUGACAGCAAGCGGGACGACGCGCGACACCAAUUCCUCCACCGAAUAAUCGGACCGCAUCAGCGAUGGAUAUCGCGGCAGGACCUGACGCAGCGAAUCCAGGAAUGGAAGAUCCCCUCGCUCCAGACGGAGGCCAAAAACGACCAGGACGAAGACGUCUACGUGCACAGUCUGUCGGCGUGGCGUCGCGUCCGCGCCUACUGGAGUGUCCACGGCCCCAGGAUCCUGUUCCUAGUCUUCGUCGUCGCCAUGCAGCUCGCCUUCGGCAUCUGGCAGCUGGUCAAGUAUCUCACCACCACGCCGUAUCGGCAAGCCUUUGGAUGGGGCGCUGUGCUGGCAAAGACCUGCGCCGGCGCGCUGUAUCCGACCUUUUUCUUCCUGCUCCUCAGCAUGUCGCGGUAUUUCUCGACCUUCCUCCGCAGGUUCUACUACAUCUCGCGCUUCGUCGACUGGGAUCUGUCGCACUCGUUCCACGUCAAAAUGUCUAUCGUCGCCCAGUUCCUCGCGUCGCUGCAUGCCAUCGGCCAUCUUGCGGGCACGUUCCGAUAUGGCAGCAGUGCAGACCGACAGGAGCACGUCGCGUCCAUUCUAGGGCCGGAUUCCGUGCCAGGUUCCUACCGUGCCUAUGUCGCAACCCUCCCGGGAGUAACAGGCGUGGCCUGCCUCGGUCUGUUCUGGAUACUCGCCCUGCUGAGCAUGCCCGCCGUGCGACGGCGCAGCUAUGAGCUGUUCCAGCUGGGCCAUCUACUCAUGUUCCCGAUGAUCGCCCUGCUUAUCGCGCAUGGCACAGCCGGCUUGCUACAGUGGCCCAUGUUCGGGUACUGGCUGGCAUUUCCCACGCUCCUAAUCCUCGUCGAACGGGCUGUCCGCGUCGCCCUCGGAUUCCACCGCAUCCCAGCGACCCUGCGAGCUAUCGACGGCGACACCGUCGAGAUCAGGGCCACGAUCCCUAGCGAGCGCAUAUGGAAAUACGAAGCCGGCCAGUACAUCUUCCUCCAGGUCCCACGGCUCAGCCUCUUCCAGUGGCACCCAUUCACCGUGUCCGUCUGUAUCGGCAACGAGAUGCAAGUCCAUAUCAAGACGGACGGCGACUGGACCGGCCGGUUGCACGAUCUCACCAACGGCUCCGCGCCGACCCCGAUCCAUAUCGGCAUCAAUGGACCGUUCGGCGCGCCUGCCCAGCGCUUCGCCGACUUCAGCCACUCCAUCGUCGUCGGCGCGGGCAUCGGCGUCACGCCCUUCUCGGGCAUCCUCGCGGACCUCCAAGCACACGACGACCAACUCCACCGCGAACCUGCUGCGCUAGACGAGAAAGACGGGCUCAGUCAGACAGAAACAAACCCCCAGGAUACCCCUACGAACGAUGCCCCCGACGACUACCGCCGCGUCGACUUCCACUGGAUCGUGCGAGAUCGAAACUACCUCCUCUGGUUCUCCGAUCUGCUCAACACGGUCUCGCGCGCGCAGAUCCGCCACCGGACCUGGGAGGACCCGCCGCACCUGGACAUCCGAAUCCAGACGUACGUGACGCAGAAGCGCCGCAAUAUCGCCACCCACGUCUACCGCUGGCUGCUGGAGAUGCACCGCACCGAGGACCACCCCGAGUCCCCGCUCACGGGACUCAUCAACCCGACGCAUUUCGGCCGGCCGGACUUUGUGGACGUCCUCGACCGGCACUAUGAGGACAUGCUGCGUGUCAAGGGGGGCAUGUCGAAGCGGGCAUUGGACGCACGGGGACGGCUCAAGGUGGGCGUGUUCUUUUGCGGUACGCCAGUCGUCGGGGAGAUUCUGGCGGAUCGGUGUCGGAUGUUGAGUGUGAGGGGACGCCAGGAUGGGAGCAAGAUUGAGUAUCAUUUCAUGACGGAGGUGUUUUAA